AUGUCAACUAUUCUCCGUACAUUGCGGAACCUGAGAAGGAUUGGUCUUAAAGAUUAUGGCCACCAAAUGCAGGUAUGCAGUGAUACCAAAGCUGGUACUUUGAUUGGAGUUGACCGAUAUGGCAACAAAUUCUUCGAGAACAUGGAAGAGGAACUUCCCCUUCGAACUCGCUGGGUCGAUUACAAGCAGCAGGAGUACGACCCUUCGCAGAUAGAGCCCGGUUGGCACGCCUGGAUCUCUUACAUGGUCGACGCCCCUCCCACUGGUGACAAGAUUCUGCAGACUGGUGUUCGUCCCUGGGAAUUGAGGGAACACAGGCCCACCCUGACUCUGAGCCGCGCCGCUUUCAAGACCUAUUCUACUACCAAGCCUAAAUAUUCAGCUUGGAACCCCGUUGCUGCUCCCCGGUAA